GCCGUGGUACGCCAAUUAUAGGCCAUUUGCUUCCCAAUUAUCACACCCCCAGUCUCCUCUUCAUGCUCAUUACGCACGCUCACACUUUGUACAGCGACAUCGACAAAGCGAAUCUCUGUCGCGAUUUGAAGCCUUGGCUAACUGGCAGCUGCAAUUGCAUCAUCAUCAUCUACCUUUCGAUCUGACCGGAAGAAUUGCUCCUUAUCGCGAGAUCCAAAGCCCUGGUCACCGAGAGAUCUAUUUGUGGCUGCGCCUCAACCACUGCCUCCUCUCGCAGGCACCGUGCCGCUCGGGGUGGAUUUGUCCUCCGUUGGACCCCACGAACUCCCAGCAGACUAGUCUCAGUUGUUUAGAAACAAGAUAGCCUGUUCCUCAGCUACAGUGCAAAACAUCGUUGCAGACGACUGAAACUGCGGCUGGCGGUGCCGGUCGGUGGUGGAGGUGAACGUACUCCGUUUGUGGACUGGUUUCGCUGGCUUUGCUGUAUGCGACCUCAAUUGCGUCCAGUUACACCAGGCCGCUCCUCCACUCCCCUUUGACUUCAUUUCAGCUCGUCCUCACUCUUAUCCGCCGCACAACACCGACUUAAGACUCUUGAAGCCGUUUCGUCCGCCUCUUCCCUUCUGUCUUCCGCAAGAGCUGCUCACCAUCUCCCUCAACAGCCGCUAGGGCCCUCCGAAGCUCUCCCUUCGUCCGCAGUCUCUGUAGUGGUGUGAUCUGUCUGCCCGUGGGACAGAGCCGCAACAGCUUCUACAGCCAUGGCACAGGAUCAGGCACAACAGAAUGUGAUGAGAAGGAAGCUUGUUAUAAUAGGCGACGGUGCUUGUGGCAAGACAUCACUGUUAUCAGUCUUCACACUCGGCUAUUUCCCUACGACCUACGUACCAACCGUCUUCGAAAACUAUGUCACAGAUUGUCGAGUCGAUGGGAGAUCAGUACAAUUGGCUUUGUGGGACACAGCAGGACAAGAAGACUACGAAAGAUUGAGGCCUCUCGCAUACGCGAAAUCACAUGUCAUCCUCAUUGGCUUCAGCGUCGACAGUCCCGACAGCUUGGAGAAUGUGCGGCACAAGUGGAUUGAGGAAGCUCGUGAUCGGUGUCCAGAUGUGCCUGUCAUUCUGGUGGGCCUGAAGAAGGAUCUGAGAGAAGACCCGAUGGCAAUCGAGGAGAUGCGGAAGCGGAGCCAAAAGUUUGUUACGCCCCGAGAAGGCGCUGAGAUGGCCCAGGCUUGCGGGGCUCGCAAAUACCUCGAAUGUUCCAGCUUGACGGGCGAAGGUGUGGACGAUGUCUUCGAGGCUGCUACGAGAGCUGCCCUUCUGACGUUCAAUGGUAAACAAGGUGGCGGCGGAUGUUGCGUCAUUCUGUGAUGCACGAUGCAGUAUCGGACUUGGAUUGAAAACGUGCCGGAUUGGAAAACACCAUGGGCGGCUGUUUACCCUUGAACCAACCCGAAUUGGAGGACCUCACACGCACUGAACUAAUACCGCUGCUGAAAACGGCGAAACGACGACGAUGUACCUUCCCCUCUUGGAGGAAUGCUAUCUUGACUAACACGUCGUCUGAGGACGGAUCGAAUCAUAUCAGGCUUGGGCUUGAACCUGUGCGACACGAGACGAACGAAUUUUUUCAUACUCGAUUUAGCGAACUGACAUCAAUGAUGGACCUUCUACUAUUUGCCUUGUCUUUUCGAUUCAGGUUUGGUGGUCGAAGAGGGCAGGCCACUAGUGAGAAAGAUAAAAGUUUCCGAAACCUUCCUCGGUGUAUAUAUACAUGUCGAUUCUUUUUCCGCUUGCUCUGCUUGCCUUGGGAGAACAGGGC